GCCCAUUCUGAAAAAGACGACUACUGGGACUCUACUCUGGAAUGAGGAGACCAAGAUAAAAAUGUUUUUGGAACUGAUGGCUUCAAAACUAUCUGGAGUUGCAAAGGUGAGGAGUACAAAGAAAAAAAAAAAAAAAAGCUGCAUGGUGCCUAAUGUAAAACAUGGUGGUGGAAGUGUACUUCUGUGGGGGCUGCAUGAGUGCUGCUGGUGUCAGGGACCUACAUUUCAUUGAUGUAAUCAUGAAUUCACAGAUGUACUGCUUUAUAUUGAAAGAGAAGUUUCCAAUAAGACAAUCCAAAAUACACAUCUAAGGCCACUGUUGCAUUUCU